AUGGCUGCUAAAUCGGACGGGGUCCUGAAGAUGAAGAAAAGCGACGUGGCCUUCACCCCCCUGCAGAACUCUGAGCACUCCGGCUCGGUGCAAGGGCUCCACCCGGGCGGCCAGCCCGACUCAGCGGGCAUCGGGGACGGCGACUUUGCCAACGGAGAGUCUCGGUGCUGCGGCGGUGGCGGGGGUUCCAACACGGCGUGCCUUCGCUUGGGCCAGGAGCAGCAGAAAUACACUGUGUGGGACUGCCUGUGGAUAGUAGCCGCAGUGGCCGUGUAUGUGGCCGACGUUGGCACUGACGUGUGGCUGUCAGUCGACUAUUUCCUCCACCAAGACUACUGGUGGUUCGGCCUGACGCUAUUUUUCGUGGUCCUGGGCUCCUUCUCUGUGCAGCUCUUUAGCUUCCGAUGGUUCGUCCACGACUUCGCUACGGACGACGGAGCGGAAUCAGCCGCCGAUUGCUCGCACAUGGACGCUAAUAAGCUGCUGAGCGGCUCGGCCUCUCACGGCGAUGUGAGCGCUCAGCAUCCCCCGACCACGCCGCAGAGACAGGCGUCGACCGCUAGUAAGAACACUACGACCAACAGCACCCGCAGCACUGCGUUUGGCAGCCGGACUCGGAAACGCUCGGCCUCCUACUCUUUCUGCGUGUGGUUCUCUCAGUCCCUUAUCCACAUCCUCCAGCUGGGCCAGAUUUGGAGGUACCUUCAUACCAUUUACCUGGGCAUUCGGAGUCGCCAGAGUUCUGAGACAGAACGUUGGCGUUACCACUGGAGGAUGAUCUAUGAGUUUGCAGACGUGAGCAUGCUGCAUCUGUUGGCCACAUUCCUUGAGAGUGCUCCACAGUUGGUGCUGCAAUUAUGUAUCAUCAUACAGACAUACAAACUUCAAGCUGUGCAAGGUAUGACAGCAGCAGCCUCCCUGGUAUCCUUGGCUUGGGCCCUGGCCUCCUACCAGAAAGCCCUGCGAGAGUCUCGGGAUGACAAGAAGCCUAUCACCUACCUGGCAGUUAUCAUUCAGUUCUGCUGGCACUUCUUCACAAUCGCAGCCAGGGUCAUCACCUUUGCCCUGUUCGCAUCUGUGUUCCAACUCUACUUUGGCAUCUUCAUCGUGCUACACUGGUGCAUUAUGACCUUUUGGAUUGUCCACUGUGAGACAGACUUCUGCAUCAGCAAGUGGGAAGAAAUUGUGUUUGAUAUGGUGGUGGGCAUUAUCUACAUCUUUUCCUGGUUCAACGUUAAGGAGGGACGAACAAGGUGUCGUCUUUUUAUUUACUACCUGGUGAUACUGGUGGAGAAUGCAGCUCUCAGUGCGUUGUGGUACAUCUACCGCACACCUCACUCCACUGACUCCUUUGCUGUUCCAGCACUCUGUGUCAUCUUCAGUAGUUUCCUCACAGGUGUAGUUUUUUUGCUCAUGUACUACGCUUUUUUCCAUCCAAACGGGCCACGUUUCGGACACUCCCCAAGUUGCCAGCGCCUCGACCUGGAUGCCACAGCUCAGUUUUCGACUCUACCAUCUGAGGCUGGCACAAAUUCUCUGCGGUCCAAUCGAGGAGCCACCACAACACUGGAGCGUGAUGCUGCAAAAUACAUGGAAAGGGAUGGCUGCAUGCCAGUUUUUCAAGUGCGACCCACCGUGCCAUCCACGCCGUCGUCUCGUGCGCCACGCCUCGAUGAGACCGUCAUCAAGAUUGAUCUUUGUAGGAAUCGCUACCCAGCCUGGGAGCGCCACGUUCUUGAUCGUAGUAUACGGAAGGCCGUUUUGGCCAUAGACUGCUCCCUGACUCCUCCUCGGCUGCAGUAUAAAGAUGAUGCCUUGGUACAAGAGAGGUUGGAGUACGAAACCACAUUAUAG